AUGAAGUUUGCUGAUCGGCACCAACCUGGUACUUUCAGUGCUGAAAAUCACUUUUAUCCAGAAGCUUUGAACAAAUCUCUGUGUUCUGAAGUGAAAGCAUUUCUUAAACUUGGAAAUGAGCUGAUUGCCCAACGAUAUUGUUAUUUACAUCCGGCAACGAACUACAAUCGUUUAUGCACUCUCAUGAACACACGCCCAUCUCUUUUACAGUUGUCUGGUACUGAUUUACUUCAUGUAACCGAUCAAAAUCAGCAAAAGCAAAUCAUUCUCAUAGAAACAAAUAGCUGCCCGAGUGGACAAAAGUCAAUGCCAAUAGAUUCAUACGUCGAUAAUGACUCUGGAUAUCACAAAUUCGUACGUUUAACAUUUCUGACAGCUGUCAAAAAAGCUCAACAAUCAAAUAGACUGAUUGAAAAUGGCCAUCUAGCUGUUGUUUACGAUAAAAAUCCAAUAGAAAACUUGGGAUAUGCGGCUGCUAUGGCCGAUGUGUUUGGUGAAACCGUCUACUCCGUUGAGUUUCACAGCUGCGAUUUCGAUCCACCCGUUAAAUUUAUUGAUCAAAUUAUGUUUGUACGUGAUUCAAAUUCAAAAUGGCUUCCCAUCCGAGCGGCUUUUCGAUACAUAACACAAACUCCUUGGCUCUGCAUUCCGGUACAAUCAAAGACACUAAUUAUCAAUCCUAUUAUUGCUUGUUUAGCUGGUGGACGAAAUAAGAAUAUUGCUGACUAUGCCUACCAAGUUUUCAACAAGGAAUAUGAACCAUUUGGUUUGAGAAUCCGUACCCCUCACACUAUUCGAAAUGUUCUGAAAAGUGACAUUCCACGUCUAAUUGAAAGUUUAGGAGGCCAUGCCGUAGUAAAAGUGCCUUAUUCCAAUGCUGGACAAGGAGUAUUUACCAUAACCAAUAAACAAGAAUCAGAAAAGUUUAUGCAAAUGCCAGAAUACUAUGAGAAAUAUAUCGUUCAAUCGCUUGUCGGAAGCAGUAAAUGGAUUCGUGGAAACAAAGUACUAAAUACGAAAGAUUACUAUCAUAUUGGAAUGCGUCCCAUUAAUCGAAAAGAAGUAUUUGUUGCUGAUUUACGCAUGCAAGUAUGCGGAACUGAAAUUGGGUUUCAACCAUUGGCAAUUUACGGGAGACGAGCUGCAGUUCCACUAAGUGAUCAGUUGGGAGAGGACGACGAUAGUUGGUUGGUUCUAGGAACGAAUUUGUCAUGCAAAGAUGGCGAUGGGAAGUGGAGAACAGAAACGGACAGAUUAGUGGUAAUGGACUCAAAUGGUUGGAAUCAACUGGGAUUGACCAUGGAUGAUUUAAUCGAUGGUUAUGUACAAGCAGUACUUGCUACCACUGCCAUAGAUUGCCUUGCACAGCAAUUAAUAAAUCAAAAAGUUUAUAUUGGUGAUGUUGAUAUUGGUACUUGUGUUCGAAAAUUAACGGCUUUAGCUUUAUUACCAGUGUACAAAGUUCAAGUAACAUUUAAUGAAUUACGUACAAAUUCAUCAGAUAAUGUGAAAGAAAUGUUGCAUCAAUUAUUUUUGUAUUUCAAUAAUCAAUGGAUGAAAGAAAUUCUUUUAUGA